GCGACCCGUUGCGACCGUCCAACCCUUAUAAUUCCGUCGCGCACAGAGCACUCCUGCACGUACGCAUACGUCAUAAACGCGUGAACGCGAGAGAUACUAUCGAGGAUCGGCGUUCCCCAACCCAUCCCCCUGGUCCUGGGGUUUAAUUCCCGGUCGAGGCGUAGAUAAGACCGCAGUGGAGGAAUUCGUCAGCAUAAGGACACGUCCCUCCGAAUGAAUGUGGAAUUUUGCGAGGGGGAUAAGAAUACCACCAAGGUCCUCCGUCAUGCUUGAGAUAGACGCCAUGACGUAAAUUCUUACCCUCCACGAGAAUGUCCGGCCUAUGAGGGGCAUUUUUCCGACGUCGGCCAGGGCAGAAGAAGGAUCUAACUUUCCCGUCGUCUCAUCGGCAACAAUUCUUGUAGAAACUUUCCUUUCGGAUGUUCCUCAAAGAGUGGAUUUUCCUCCGAGUUUCACGGAUUAUACAUCCCGAGGACCAGUUACGCGUUAUUCUCGAGGAACUUUCACAUCGAUUUCGCGAGCGCGGAACGAACUUUCUUCCGACGUGUUCCGGGGAACUUUCUUCUGGAAGAGCGGCGCGAUCCGCCACUUAUCUCUCGCCACUUUCCUUUAUCUCUCGUUUAAAAUAGCUCACAGCUAUGAACGGACGACUUCGUUCCAUCUACACUGCAAUCGCGCUGUGCUACAAAACGUUCGAGCCAAUUGAAAAUUAAGGAGAUCUCCGGGAGCGUUCGCGCGGAAUACGAGGUGAAAUUCUCAAUCCGUUUUAAUAACGUCGGGAGAGGAUUGCGAGGCGGUGUCGUAGUAGUGAAGAAAAAUGUGCGAAUCCGACGUAUUUUAAAAUUCUAAGCGCGUCGGACGACUGACGUCAUGCGACGUCGAACGGUGAACCAAGUGCAAGCGAUAUUGCGAGAGUUCCCUGAACGUUUAAACGAAGAUUCAGGUUCUGGGGCACGUUUUGACGUCAACAUUUAAUUGAGUGCGCGAAGCUAGCGAAAGGUGUGCUUUUACACCGCGCGUGAUCCGGCGAGGGAAAAGUCAACGGUAUAACCACGGAUUUUCUGCUGCUGGGAAGAUUUUAUUAGCGGACAUGAUACGAAAACUUCCCCGCCCACGUAAUCGGCCGUAAAGCAAUCGUAAAAUGUCGGCGUAGAACGUAACUUUUCCAUUUGUGUGAGACGUGGAAGAAAGCUUAACUGACCUGAUUACGACGCGCGGUACACAAUGUCGCGGAAAAGGGCGUUGAGUAAUGAGCGAGCGAGACAGGAAUGACAGUUUGACGGAAAUCAUCGCGAAAUCUCGGCUCCCUUAGAAGUUCCUGUCACAUGACACUCCGGGCGGAACUUUUCUUUUUCGGGGACAAAACGCGAGGCAACGAACACGCUCGCAAAUUUCAGGGGUGGCAUUCAUCUACUCGAUGCUCGGGCGAGGAGCUAACGCGCAAAAACCGCCUCGUCGUAAAGCGACGAGCGUAUUUCACGACGAAAUAUCAACGAUGCUUUAAUAAUCGUUAAACGACGCGCGAUUGGAGUAACGGCGAAAAAAUUAAACGUAAAAUUCCUCUUGUAGACCAGAGAACCGUCAGUCUUUCCUUCUAACCGAGAAAUUAAUAUGAUCAUUACCGAUUCCUGAUCUCGUUUGCAAAAAAGAGGCAAGCCGAUACAAAAUUCGCCGCGGCGACGACUACGUCUACGGAAGAGGACAAGUUAUAUCAAAGCUUCGAAUAUUGAAAAAAAGCGCACUCAUCUACGGCGAAUAAGCCGCGGGAACAAUGGAAUCUCAUUCGGCGGCAACCGAUCGGCGGUUUGGGACGCGAUCGGAUUCUGCGGGGAGCGCCCGUGCAUGAAACGCAAGCGGAGGAGAGCUCGGACGUCGAAUCAAAGGCUGUACCACAACCCCGCGAUUUAAUAGGCGAAGGCAUUUGGUAAUCGCGCCAAUACUAUCGGGCCUGCCACCGGCGCCGCGGCGGAAUUAAUAAAAUGCCCCCGUCGCAUGAAAGUACGGUCAUUACGACGUGAUCGAUAAGGGGCUGAAAUUAACCAUUUCCAUAAUCAAGCGGUUGUGAAUUCUCUCAGCGCGCGAUAGCGAGGAGUGCGCGCUCGUCCCCAAAAUCGAUUCGUCCCACGCAACACGCUGCGAUUUUUUCCAAUUAAGAUCCGACCGAACGGAAAAAGAGUGCGAUUCGUCGACGCGUGAUUCGACGCGAUGCGACACGCCGGGAUUAAAGCCCGUAUUUUUGGCGCUAGUAGCCGACGCGCUUUCAUGAAAAAUUGACCCCCGAGAGAAUCGGUAACCCCGAGCGAGCGUAGAGCGGAAUUUGCGCACAGUGACAGCAGCGCGCGAGGUAUGACCGAUGGAUGUUCCUCGGCUCUUUGACCACGAUUCAGAGAUUCAUCCUGCGACGACGGAAAGUCGAUGCGGCGAACUAGAAUAUUGUGACGAUGCCUCGAUUAUAACGUGCCCUUCUAUAACGUGCGCGAAAACAAGUGCAACGCAAGUCUCGGCGCUACGUCGACAUGGUCGUGAAAGCUCGCCCAACUUGGUCGACUGGUAUGCGCGGUUGACAGGAAUAUGUGAGUUAUUUACCUUGAAAGACGAUAACCCUGCUUCUACCCGCAUCGAAUUUCUAUCCUUCAAGUAAAGCGACAAGUAAAUUUUGCAGAUACCGAAGUACUUCAAAAGUAUUCGGCUUUUGAAAGAGAUGAAUUAGUGCGGACGCAUUCGACGAAUGAUCGAUGCACCGAGUCCCUUCGCGGCGAUAUCGAUCGAUGUCAUAAUUGUGUUAGAGAUUAUCAAAAACAGUUAUCAAAAUCUCGGGGCAUCUCGGAGAGGGAGGAAGAGAAGCGAAUAACGGAACCGUAAACGUGGGAACGAAAAUUGCGAGGUCUCGGCACUCUUUAAGGCGCGAGAUAAGAAAGAUACCGCGAGACACAAGAUUGCAAACGGAGGCGUAAAAACAGCGACGGCCUUGUCGCUCGUCUGUAUAGCUCAACGUAAAGUCGACGGAAGAGACCGCGAUAUUCGUGAUGCAGAGCUUCGACGAUUUGACGACGUACAACUCCACGUCUCACCUCUGGAACGUGACAACGACGCUGUGGUACGACAAUGAAACCUAUUACAACGGCACCAACUACACGGAUCUGGCGCCUCUGGCGCCGCGGAAUCAAUUCGUGCUCCCGUGGUGGCGGCAGAUGAUCUGGACGCUACUGUUCGCCGGCAUGAUCACGGUGGCGACCGGCGGUAAUCUGAUAGUGAUAUGGAUCGUGUUGGCGCACCGGCGGAUGCGCACCGUCACCAACUACUUCCUGGUGAACCUCAGCAUCGCGGACGCCAUGGUGUCGACCUUGAACGUCACCUUCAAUUACACCUAUAUGCUCAACAGCCACUGGCCGUUCGGGACGCUCUACUGCAAGAUCUCCCAGUUCAUCGCGGUUCUGACGAUAUGCGCCAGCGUCUUCACUUUGAUGGCGAUAUCCAUCGACCGGUACAUGGCCAUCGUGAAUCCUUUGAAACCACGUAUGGGGAAAAAGGCAACGCUGGGUGUUGCAACAGUAAUUUGGAUCAUCGCGGCAAUUCUGUCUUUACCGAUGCUGCUUUUCUAUACCACUUACACUCAGAACUACAUGAACGGCGAGAUCCGCGUUGUCUGCUACGGCGAUUGGCCGAACACAAACGCCCAGGGACUCAGCUACGAUGAAUAUUUGUACAACGUUAUCUUCAUGAUAUUGACAUACUUUUUACCAAUCGGAUCCAUGACGUUUACCUACGCCAGGGUCGGCCUGGAAUUGUGGGGCUCGCAAAGCAUCGGGGAAGCCACAGCCAGACAGCUCGAGAACAUUCGGAGCAAACGGAGGGUAGUAAAAAUGAUGAUAGUCGUUGUAGUAAUAUUCGCAGUGUGCUGGCUUCCGUUUCAUAUGUACUUCAUAGUGGCGUCAUAUCUGCCAGAGAUUACAAAUGAACCGUACAUCCAGGAGGUCUUUCUGGGAAUAUAUUGGCUGGCAAUGUCCAACAGCAUGUACAACCCCAUAAUUUAUUGUUGGAUGAAUACUAGAUUCCGGCGUGGCUUCGCCCAGUUCUUCUUCUGGUGUCCGUGGGUGCGGGUGACGACGGAGCCGUCUCUAUCGCGUUCGGAGGCCGUGACGUCCAGAUACAGCUGCACCGGUAGCCCGGACAUGCACACCAGAAUAUCGCGGAAUGGUACGUGCACCUUCUCGGAGCACUCUUGCACCACCGGCUCCACAACGCCUAGGAGCGAGUCAGACUCUCAUCUCGAGGACGCAGCCGAGGGGGACGCGCGAACAUCAUCCAUAGAUUUGCGCCACUUGGUCCCCGACGUCCUCGCCGAUGUCGAUCGCGGCAAUGUUGUCGCGGCCAGGAAUUGCACCUCGCACUGAUCAUCGCGAAAUUCCGAGCAAAGCUUUACACUUUACCCCUUUUCUCCCCCCGAGUACCCGAGUAUGUACUCGAUUUGGCGGAUCGAAGAUACCGGCUCGUGAUCCUUCGCGCGUGAACGUUCGCGACGCGCGCGUUAAACUAUUUAUACAACACACGGAACCGUAACACAGACGUAAAAUCGUCGUUCGAUAGAAAAAUUGUUUGCGCAUACAUACGAAGGAUUCGAUGCGAGGUGAGAAUCGAAUAUAUUUAGCGUUAAAUGUGUAGUCCGAGCCGUUCGCUUCACACCCCCGUGAUUUCGUAUCGAUCACAAUACAGCAGCCCAAGCGGAAAGUAAUAAACGCGAAACAAACGCGGAAAAUAAACUAUGAUUGCAUGUUUGUUGUUCGUUAACUCGGGGGAAAUAUCCUCUUUGCAACAUCAAG